UGAUGAGGUGAAGAAAUGACGACUGAUUUCGGAAACAGUCCUAUACUCAUUUCCGCUGGAGCUGCUCCCGUGUGCUUUGGUGACGUCUUGUGUCCGUCUGUCUGUAAGCAACCAGAAUCUCUUAGCUCCACCAGAAGCUUGUCAUGUGACCGAGACGAAGUUUUAUGUAAAGAAUGUGACGACAGUGAUGAUAACGUGUUUUAUGACGUAAAACCAAAAGACUCUGGUUACAUUUGUCUUCAAAGUGUUCCCCUCCUAACGUCUCGACCAUCAUAUAACAGUUCCUCCUCAGACGGUCUUCCUCAGGACGGACCCCUGGACCUUAGACAACGCCGGUCCAGUUCCACUCAGGCCAACGAUAACGAAAACGAACCCGUCGCCGUUCAAAAAUUACGUCAUAAGCGAAUGUUCACAAACAGUCGUGAACGCUGGCGACAACAGAACGUCAAUGGUGCAUUUGCCGAUCUACGAAAACUGGUUCCAACUCAUCCACCAGACAAAAAGCUCAGCAAACACGAAAUUCUUCGUUGCACUAUACGUUACAUAAGACUUCUGGAAAAUGUCCUCGAAUAUCAAAGUCACGGUGACGUCAAGCGCGUGAAAACUGAACAAGACAUUACAGAGAGCUGGAAUAGGGAUUACCACGAGGAAUCGUCAGAUGAUGAGAGUCUUCAUUCAGCAUAGAAUUUUUUCCUGUGCUUUUUAUCGUGAAAGUGUUCUUUUGUACAUAUCUUACGAUGUAAAGUGGGCGAGAUAAUAUUAUUUCUGUGUUAUGCGCACAAUAUGUAUAAAUUAAAACAAACAAACAAACAAAAACUGCUGUUAAAAAAAUAUAUAAAUUGAAUGUUAUGA